AUGAAGCUGGGCGUGUGCUGCCCCACGGGCGGCGCUGUGCCGCGGGCGUGGGCUCCGCUCCCCUCACCUCCAGUUCCAUCUCCCCACCGCCCAACGGCCGCGGUCCCGCUCGCGCGCGCGCACAGUGACAUCACCCGCGUCCAAUCAGCCGCCGCCGCGCCCCGCUCGGGCCCGCCGGCUCGGCACGCGCGGCGGCGGUUGGUGCUGGGUGGGGGGGGUUUGAGGGGGGCGGCGCGCGGGCGGCUGUCAGCCGUGCCGUGCCGUACCGUGCCGCGCUGUGGUGGGACGCCUGUGGGCGGUAGCCUGGCUGUCACGGCAGCGCUGCGCAGAUACUGCCUCUGGAUCUGCUCUGAAACGGAGUCCACUUUGUUAGAGGACCCAGGAGAGCAGGGCUUUGUGGUAGCAGUACCUGGCAUGACAAGUGGUGCAGAAGUGCUGAGACCUCCUGGAGAGCAUGCGUGCGUAAGGGAAGCAUUUUUGUGGUACCUGGAAAAAAGGAUGAGAGCUGUAAAGUUAAAAAGACAGAGGAUGACACUGCAUGAGCAUUGCAGCCCACAGAGCUGCCCCCGGUGGGAGAGCUGCUGCCUCAAAUAUGCCCGGACUCACACUCAGUCAGCUGGGCGGUACCAUCGCUUACAGUCACGCUGCUUCAGAUGUGCAGAAGAUAACCCGUGUGCUGUCUCAUCUAAUAGCAGGCAGUGCUGCCCAAAUUCACCAGAGCAAUGUGAAGCAGCCUCACUUCUUGUCUGCAAGCUGAGAUAAAUCAGGAGAGAUGUGCUACAUAGACAGAACCCACUCAGCUGAAAUAAGUGAGAGCAAGGCAAGGAUUUUAAUCCUGGCAGGGGGGAUAUUUCUGUAUCUGAA